UGCCUAAUUACGCGGGUUGGGAAUCUGAGAUACAGGGAAGGGCAGCGGCUGGCCCUGGGUCGGUCAGAUAAAUUAAGACAAAAGCAGGACCAGGCAUCGAUUAUUUUCUCCUGCUCAUCCCUUUCACGGAGGAGUUCUAAGCCCCGACUCACUGUAUGACCUAAAGCCAGUCUCUGCCUGUCGCUGGGCCUCAGUUCGCCUGUCCUAAGUUUAAUUCAGAUUAUCGGGCACUCCUGGUCAGCUCCCUCAGCCGCUCAAAGCUGGUUGUACCCUUAUAAUAUGAAGACACUGAGGCUCAGAGAGGUUAAAUGACUCAGCCAAGGUCAAACAGCUAGUAAGUGGUGGAGCCAGGACUCAAAGCCAGUCUAGGAGCCAUGUCCACUUUGUUCCCCUCACUCUUCCCUCGUGUGACUGAGACUCUGUGGUUUAAUCUGGAUCGACCCUGUGUGGAAGAGACAGAGCUGCAGCAGCAGGAACAGCAGCAUCAGGCCUGGCUCCAAAGCAUCGCGGAGAAAGACAACAACCUGGUUCCUAUUGGCAAGCCAGCCUCAGAGCACUAUGAUGACGAGGAAGAAGAGGAUGAUGAAGACGAUGAGGAUAGUGAAGAGGACUCAGAGGAUGAUGAGGAUAUGCAGGACAUGGACGAGAUGAAUGACUACAAUGAGUCACCGGAUGAUGGAGAGGUCAAUGAGCCUCCUCUCCAGGUGGACAUGGAAGGCAACGAACAGGAUCAGGACCAGUGGAUGAUCUAGGUAGACAAGGCAGGGUGGCCUCAGGGAGAUUCCAGGCCAGCCCAAACUACCCUGCAUCCCAACCCCCAACCCCUGCCCACAGAACCAGCUGAUGGUCCCAGUGCCUGAAAGUGCCCUUGGGCACCUCCUCAGCUGCUGCCAGGAUCUGGUCUCUUUGGCCCCUCCCAGGCCAUCAGUCUGCACUUGAAAUCCCCAGGGCCAGAGCCCCACUCCACCUUCCUGGCCAGUACCUCACCCCUUGAUUGCCAGGUCUGGUCUCUUUCUAAGUUCCUUUAAUAAAGACAAAGGAGUGAUUUUCCA